UCUACAACAACUACUGUUGACUGUAUUACUGCUAAAACUACUACUGCUAGUACUAUAUAAUGUACUAUGUCUGCAGUAGUGUGGCCAGUUUCCUUAUUGUACCGGAACAGUACUGGUUUCUCUUCACUGGUUUCUGCAGCACAGAACUGAAUAUAUCUGCAGGUUUUAGGCGCGUGCGCGCGGGUUCACGCGUGUCCCUGCCCUAGCGCGUGGACAGAGACACGCACUGCAUCUCGCACACACUCACACACACACACACACACACUAACACACACACACACACACACACACAGAGAGAGAGAGAGAGAGGGAGGAAAUCUCCAUCUGCCCUGCUCGGUGACCGACCCGUCAUCCUCGGGCUCGGGGAAGAAACGGAUCAUCUCCUCGCCGUUUCGUUUUUGUUCACGCCGUGAGCGAGGACACCGGAGGAGAAACCGGGGGACGAUGGGACAAAAGAAGGAAGAAAAAGGAGGGAAUUUAACAUGGAAGAAAUCUAUAGUCUAUAUAUAGGCUAUGCCCCGGACUGCACCACCGCCGCCGCCACCGCCGCCACCACCUGCCCUCCUGGUUCCGGUCAAUGAGAGCCAGCAACAGCUCAGUCUGAACAGCAAAUCCUCCUCCGGUUUCUCCUUUACCUCCAUCUCCCCUUUUCUCUCUACCAUGCUCUCCUCACUUCCAUAUGUUAAAAAACACGUCUGUCGUCUUAUUUUAGUAACGCUGCCUUCCUCCUCCUCUUCUUCCUCCUCUUCCUUCUCUCUUGCCCUCCUCUCUUCUGAGUUUUGACUCCCUCUCCUUUCACAAACACACACACACACACACACACACACACACCGGAAAAUGAAGCGUGGGUCGAGUGUGUUGCAGCCUCCCUCUGAUGCAGCCAAACGACACACACACCCUGCAAACGCACACACAAAGACACACACCGGUGGUGAUGCUGCUCGCUCGCUGAGUGUACCCGACACACACGCUGAACACACGCCGGAAGCACACGCCGCGGGUUCGAGUCCCUUCCCAGCAGCCACCUCUCUCUUCAGCCCUGAUGUCAGCACCAAGAUGGCGUCUGACCUCCUCAUCCGGCUGUCAGAGGCCACCCAGAAGGUCCAGAUGCAUCCUGGGAGGCACGCGGAAGCGGAGCCUCAGAGGCGCGAGGCCCUGCCAGAGGUGCGCGGUGGACAGCAGGACGAGCCCGGCCUGGCGCUCUCACCAGAUGGCCCCGGGGCGAGUCCUGAGCCGCCGUCGCUCUCGCACACACCUGAUGGCAACGCUGCCACGGACACGCUGGCUUCAGACAUGCUGAGGAAACUGGCAGAACGUCAGGAAGUACACAGCCAUGUGGUGAGGGUCAAAGAAGAAGAAGAGCCAAUGGAAGUCGACACACUGGUUGUCUCUGACCUCCUCCAUGAUCCUCCAAUCACAAAAGAGAUAACCCCACCUUCCCCGAAGAUGGCGAGCCAUCAUCUCUUCAGCAUUAAAACAGAAGACCAGGGUCUCAGUGGCAACAAGAUGGCAGAGCAGUUGCACCCUGGAGCCAAAAUGGCUGACCAGUGUCUCCAUGGCCUUAAAAUAGAAGACAGAUUUUAUACUGGAGGCUGCCAGCCUGGCUCUAAGACGGCAGACGGCGUCGUCUCUGGGGCCAACAAGUUUCAGUUCAGAGUGAAAAUGGAACCGGCCUCUGGAACCAAGAUGGAGGACCAGCUUCUAUCUGGACCCAAGAUGGAGGACCAGCUUCUCUUUAAAGCAAAAAUUGCAGAGCGGCCUUUCUCUGCAGCCAAGAUGAGCAACAAGUUUCUCUCUGGAGUUAAGAUGGAGGACCAGUUUCCUUCAGGAGCCAAGAUGGAGAACCAGCUUCUCUUUGGAACAAAAAUGGAGAACCGGCUUCUUCCUGGAGCCAAGAUGGUGGACCACGUUUUCUCAGGAGUAAAGACAGAGGAGCAGCUCUUCUUUGGAGCCAAGAUGGAAGACCAGUUCACCUCUGGAGCCAAGAUGGCCGACCAUUGCCUCAGAGCCGUGCUGUGGCAGGACAUGUCGGUGAACCUGGCGUCCACGCUGCUGCACCAGCUCUCAGAGAGGGUCAGUAAAUCCAACAGUCGGCCGGUGGAGAGGACGACUCCGCCCAUCAGAAGCAGUCCCGCUCUGAAGGUGAAUGUGGACCCACUCCGCUCCUCGUCGCUUCUGAGCUCCCGGGAACCUCCACAUGAAACUCAAACCAGCCUCAGCAGAAAUCAAACCGCGGGUUGCUCUUACUUCUACAGGUGUCAUGUGUGUGGGUUUGAGACAGACGGGCAUGCCCUUUUCCAGAGUCACAUGACCGAACACCGCCAAUGGGAGCACGGCUCCUUCUCGCUGCACUGCUGCGCGUGCGACCGCUCGACCAAUCAGGAGGCAGAGAUGAGGGCUCACGCCAUCACGCACACACGUGGGAACACAGGAGCCAGCGGAGAGAUGAGAUGCUCCGUCACCCCUCCUGCCGCCGCCGCCGCCUCCAGCAGCGCUCUGUCAGUUGCCAUGGCAACCCAGCAGGAGAACAGCACCUCUGAGCAUCGCUGCCGCAUCUGCCAGAGGUCGUUUCCAGGGCAACAGGAGUUGCUGGUUCACUUCCAGGGUCAUCGCCAAGGCAACCAGUACCGGUGCGACCGGUGCGGCCACCUGACGCGGACAGCCAAUAAGCUGGUGGAGCACGUGCGCGUGCACACGGGGGAGCGGCCGUUCACCUGCGACCUUUGCCCCUACAGCGCCAAGCGGCGGGACAGUCUGCGCCUGCACUGCAAGGUCAAACACCCCAGCGACGUGCACACACACCGGUCGUACGUGCACGGAGACAAUCAGCGUUCAAACAAACACGUUCAGCGGCUGCACACACUGCCGAACACACACACUGCUGCACCCUCCUCCUCCUCCUCUCUUCCUCCUCUUCAUCCCUCGCUCUCUGACCGGGCAGGGUGGAGGGAUUUGUCUCCUCUCCUCCCCAUCACGACGCUCAUUUCUCUGAAACCACGCUCUCCUUCAUCCUCCUCCUCCUCCGCGUCUUCUUCCACCAAACACUCCUUUCUCGGUUACCUUGGUCUGACUACUUCUUUGUAAAUGUUUUUUUUUCUCCUCCUCUCUUCUCCUCUCCUUCUUGUUUCCUCUCCUCCUCCUCACUUCUCUCCUCUCCUUUCAUUUCCUCUCCUGUCCUUGUUCUUCUCCUCUCUUCUCC